UUUGGACCUUAGCUACUAAGUGAACAUCCCCAGGACCCCAAGCAGCAGCGGUUCGGUGUCGCCUGUGCAGAGAGCUGAUCCCCGUCUCAGUAAUAAUGGGUGCGCGGCUCCUUUAAGCGCCUCUGAUGACCUCACAGCUUUACAGGCUUUGUUUGUCCGGAGCUGCAGCUUCAGACGGACCUCAGAGACCACAGGACACCGAUCUUCAGCGCCUUUCUUCGGACACAUUUGCAGCAGACAUGCCGUCCGACAGACCCUUCAAACAGCGGAGGACCUUCGCCGAUCGGUGCAAAGAAGUGCAGCAGAUCCGGGAGCAGCAUCCAAACAAGAUUCCGGUGAUCAUCGAGCGGUAUAAGGGAGAGAAACAGCUUCCUGUUCUGGACAAGACCAAGUUCCUGGUUCCUGAUCAUGUCAACAUGAGUGAGCUGGUGAAGAUCAUCAGACGUCGGUUGCAGCUCAACCCCACCCAGGCCUUCUUCCUGCUGGUCAACCAGCACAGCAUGGUGUCCGUAUCCACUCCCAUCUCUGAGAUCUAUGAGCAGGAGAGGGACGAGGACGGCUUCCUCUACAUGGUGUACGCCUCCCAGGAGACCUUCGGCUGCUAGAGAGGAGGAGGAGGUGGAUGGAUGGGGUGAUGGAGGGGGAGGUCACACCAGAAACCAUCAUGAUCCUCUCCACAUUCAGACUCUUUGGUUUAUUCAGUUCUUAUGACACAAACUGCAGACGCCAGCAGAGGGCGCUCUGCUUACUUUUCCCAAACAGCCAGAGUUGUCAUUUCUUGAAAGAACACAAACUGACCAAUCACGUUAGAGUUUUGAGAAUGCAAAGGUUGAUCUGUGAGUUCUCGUCUCAAACACUAAACAUGUAUCAGCCGCGUAAACACCGCGUCACCUCAUUUCAUCCGUUUCAGCUUUUUCUUUUUAAGUUUUAACUGAACUUUAGUUUGUUUACAGUCAACAUGAAGCUUAACCUUUCACCCCGAGGUCCUCGUCAGUAAUGAUGUGCAAUAUUUCCCCUUGCAUGCCUCACACAGCUGUAAGCACAACACCAUCAUAGCUCACCACGUCUUCUUUUAUUGCCGUAAAUCAGAUUCUGUCUGGAAAAGGGAGAGCCUUGUGCUUCUUUCAUGGCCAGUUAGGGUUAUUGUGGUUUUAGUGUUAAAUGCAGCAGAAACUAUAAUGUUCAGAGCAGUUUACCAAGUGAUGCUGCAGCUUCAGGUGCUGGAUUAAUGGAGUGAAGUUUGACAGGACGCUUCUGGAGAAGCUUAUUGGAUCUCUCCUAGAAGUCAGGAUUCAAUAAAGUCCUCCUGGUCUGUAGAAACACUAAAACACGACAGAUUCAAGCAUUAAACAUUAAGAUAUAUUUAAUGUAAGUAAGAACUGAAUGAGCUUUUUUGCACAUUAAUCAAAUAGUAAAAUUUGGCUUUUUUUCCUUUGGUCUUUUAGAAAAGACUUUAUGUAAUCUUCAUCUUUUUGUACCUGCUCCCAGUCUGCCUUCUUUAACACAAAUUUCUAGAAAACAUUUGUUCUGCAGUACAAACCCUGCAUGUUUUCACUUUUUUAUAGAAAUGUAAACUGAUUUUAUGCCAUAAAUAUAACUGUUUUCUUUUAACCUGGAAAAAGUCUUUUUAGAUGUGUUUUUCCCAAACCAAAAACAUAAAGCUAAGCGUAUGUGUAAAACAAAAUGUGCGUCAUAUAAUCAAGCUGUAUCGCAAUGUCUUUCUUUAGGGUUCCACAAGGUGUCGCUGUUUU